AGAAGAAGGAGGAAGGAUCGCUUGGGCAAAGGUGGCCAACACAAUGAUCGAUAAUAAGCGUUUAUUACGGACGUCGACCAGUUGUCAACGACGAUGGAAUCUCCUCAGCAGCCAAAGGACUCGGAAGAUCGGAGCUUGGUCUACGGAAGAGAAGGAUGCACUGAAGGAGGCUAUUGUUGAGCAAACGGGGCCUAUAGGGAGCAGCGAAGACUAUAAAAGGCUUGAAAAGCCUCCUUUAAUCAAUUGGCGGAAGGUGGCAGAGAGGCUUGGAACUCGAAAUGAAACACAGUGUAGGUCGCGUUUCUUUAAUAACUUUCAUCCAUAAGGCAAGCGGAGAGAAGAAGAAUGAGGAGGAGAAGUGGGAGGAAUGGUGGAGUGUCGUUCGCUCUGCUUUUAAUCGCUACACAUAAUUUAAGGCAAACGUCUUCUCAAAUAAAUAUCGAACGAAUAUCAACAGUCACGAUAAAGUUUGGAAUGUUCACGACAAAAAAAAAAAAAAAGAUCCUACCUUUUGAUUCAGUUCUAAUGAUGCUUGCUACACGAUCCCAUUGGCUUCAUAGUCUCGCCAAAAGUGCUUUAGGAAGUCCAGCGAAAACUCUGUUGGAGUCACACAUCAGAUCAAACACCUUCUCCAAGUUUCUUGUUCCCUGCACUGCAUUCCAAUGGACCAAGACCAAGGGAAGCAAUGAUCUGUCAACGGUCCGAUGGUUUCAUCAAUCAACAACCAACACUCAAGAAAAAUCAGCACCAUCACCUCCAAGCACCGAUGAGGAGUUUGUCACUUCUUCAAGAGCUGCUUUUCUCUCUCGAGAAGAGAGACCAUCAUCGAGAUCGAUAGCCAAACUAGGUAAACACCCAGUGAGGUUUGCUAAGAAAAAGACACUCUGGACGAAAGAGGAGAAUGAGCUGGCUGAGCAACUCCUAAGCCAAAGACUAUCUGCUGCAGAUUGCUGUGCAUAUUUCCCUAACAGGACACCAGAUGGAGUUAUCCAUAAAUUAUCCACGCUUCGCAAGAAGGCAAGAGAAAAGGAGCUUUUGGAAAAAGGCAAAGUGGAUAUGAGACUCUACGUUCCGAUUCCUAGACCUUGGACGAAAGAAGAGGAUGAGGGCCUCAAAGAAAGAGUGAAUCGCCUUAAAAAGGAAGGAGUUAAGGAGAUUCACUGGGCAGAUGUGGCGAACACCGUUAUCGAUGGCAGACGUAUGGAACGCACUUCAAGUGCUUGUAGAAGUCGAUGGAAUUUCCUAGAGAAUGGCUUGGUCUUGAAUUAUAAACGUUGGACAGAAAUGGAGGAUGAUCGACUUUUAAAUGCUAUCAAUGAGUAUCAGGGUCUGUCCGACUUUAGAAAGGAAGGAGAUUUACAGUCGAUCGAUUGGAAAGAAAUUGCAAAGAAGGUUGGAACGCGAGAUAAUGCUCAAUGCAGACGCCGUGCGCAUGGAACUCUUUUGAAAAAAUUGGAGGGACCUUGGUCUGACCAGGAGCUCAAGGCACUUGAAGAGGGAUUCAAUAAAUAUGGACGAGAUUGGGACGAGAUCGCGAAAAUGUUGGGAACCCGUAGUGCUGACCAAGCAAGAAGGAAGUACUUUCAUUUAAAUAAAUAAAUACAAAAUAAAAGUCGGCAGUCACACCAAACUACAUAUGAAGUAAAAAGG